AGUUAGUAUUGUCGUAUUUCAAGAGUGCUAAGUAAUUUGCAUUGGCCAUACAGUAAUGCAUGUUAGUGUCUAUUUUUUGCUAAGAUUAAAUUAAUAAUUCAGAUGUAUUCAGAGAACAUAACCCAAGUUUAUUCCUCCUGUUAGAACCGAUUUUAUAAUAAGUAUAAUAAGUGAUAUAGUAAUUAAAAGCAGUGUUGGUUUCUGCACAUCACUAAUUGAAAAUAAGAACAAGCUUCUUCUAUAAUAAUCAUCCAGCAGCUGAAUGAUUAUUAUUUAUUCAUUCAUAAACCAAAUAAAAUAAAAUAAUAGUUUUACUCUCUUCAGUCCGGAAAAGUUUCAAACAUUGCAACAAAUUUGUUUCAAUGACAAAACCUUGAGUAAUGCGUCAGCCUAAACUUUGCUCCUCCUACACCUCCCACUUUAUCUAUGAGGGUGGGAUGGGCUGAGGGUGUGUGUGUGUGUGUGUGUGUGCGUGCGUGUGUGUGUGGUACAUAAGCAGAGGGAGAGAAAGUGAGACCAGGAUAAGACCACAGUGGCUGAGAAGUGAUGAUCGGUCACACAGCAAGCCGCUGCGCUCUGCUGCUCUGGAUCCGGCUGAUUAUUUUCCACCCUUUCACCGUUUCUCCUCCACUUUUCUUCCUCACAUCAUUUCACUGAAACCAGAGCAACAGGAUUGUUUUUGGUGCUUGAGGAGAAGCUGAAAGAUGAAAAUGGGAAAAAGAAACAGCUGAGAUAAUCCUGGACCGCUCCAAACAUUCCCAAACUGAAUCGUUUCCUGCUGCUUUUCAUCGACUUCGUCAGUUUCCUCCUCAGCUUCUUCAUGGACAGAGUUUUUAUGCGCAUGAAGCUGCCAGGAUACAUCAUGGACUAAGAACAUGGACAACAGAAAUUUACCAAACAGAAUCAUAGAAUCAGUUAUAAAUAAAGGUGACACUUAUCCAAAUCUUAACCCAUUCAGGACUUGCUGUAACAAAGAGAAGAAGUAAAGAUGAAUUCCAUGGCUCAGCAAGGCUUGAUCCCAUGCUACCUGAACCGGACCCUGUGCCUGGGAACUCUGCCAGAGAAAGACGUUUCCGGAGAGGAGAAGGAUUCCUCUGCUGGCUGCUACGAGCAGCUGCUGAUUUCCACCGAGGUCUUUCUCACUUUGGGCAUCAUCAGCCUGCUGGAGAACAUCCUGGUGGUCGCCGCCAUCAUCAAGAACAAGAACCUCCAUUCCCCGAUGUACUUCUUCAUCUGUAGCCUGGCGGUCGCCGACAUGCUGGUCAGCGUCUCCAACGCCUCGGAGACAAUCGUCAUAGCGCUGAUCAACGGCGGCAGCCUCACCAUCCCCGUCACGUUCAUCAAAAGCAUGGACAACGUGUUCGACUCCAUGAUCUGCAGCUCUCUGCUCUCCUCCAUCUGCAGCUUGCUCGCCAUCGCCAUCGACCGCUACAUCACCAUCUUCUACGCCCUGCGGUACCACAACAUCGUCACCAUCCGGCGGGCGUUGCUGGUCAUCGCCGGCAUCUGGACGUGUUGCACCGUCUCUGGCAUCCUGUUCAUCAUCUACUCGGAGAGCACCAUGGUGCUCAUCUGCCUCAUCACCAUGUUCUUCACCAUGCUGGUCCUCAUGGCUUCGCUCUACGUUCACAUGUUCCUGCUGGCGCGCCUGCACAUGAAGCGCAUCGCCGCCCUGCCGGGCAACGCGACCAUCCAGCAGUGCGCCAACAUGAAGGGCGCCAUCACCCUCACCAUCCUGCUGGGGGUGUUUGUGGUGUGCUGGGCGCCCUUCUUUCUGCACCUCAUCCUGAUGAUCACCUGCCCCAGGAACCCCUACUGCACCUGCUUCAUGUCGCACUUCAACAUGUACCUCAUCCUCAUCAUGUGCAACUCCGUCAUCGAUCCCAUCAUCUACGCUUUCCGCAGCCAGGAGAUGAGGAAGACCUUUAAGGAGAUCUUCUGCUGCUCACAGGCUCUCUGGUGUAUUAGCUUUCUGUGAGACGCUCCAGGUAGUUCAUCUGUAAUCAGUGUGCAGUGCAAAGCUGCAGGUCUGCAGGAUAAGAGGUGUUGAUUAGACGGUUGGCUAACACAGAGGAUUUGUCUGCAGUCCACAAUCUGCUUUUAAUUGUAUUAAAACUUGACUAAAUACUGAAAGUGUUUUCAAAUGAAGAGUAACAAAUAUCCUGUUUUUAUUUUCAGUCAAACUCUAAAUAAUGAGCAAACUGGUUGCUUGUCAUGCUAGUUUAUUGUUGAGUAGGUUAAAAAAAGCUGCAUUUUUGGUGCUUUUAGCUUUAAAGAUGAUACUUUUUUACCCAUGUGACAAAAUGUUUGGAUCUUGUUCAUCGAUAUGGUGUCAGAAUUUUACAAUUAGCUAAAAAUGACACUUUUGUUGACAUCAAUCAAUUUCUUUGAGGAACUGAUCUUCUAUUCUGAGCAUAAAACAUCCCAGUUUAUCUACCUAGUUUUGCACUUUUGUUCUAGAAACAAUAAAAUAAAACAGAAUAUUCUUAGAUGAAUCAGUUAAAUAUAGUAAAAAAUAUAUAUGAGUCUAUAAAUUAUGUUUUCUAUGUAUGAUAGUGUCAAAAUACUCCUGCAUUUUGAUACAAAGGUAUAUUAAAGAAUAGUAAUAAAGAGUUGAAAUUAAAAAAGUAACCUUCUCACUUCUUUUUGGACAGGUACAGUAGCUAAAAUGACUGAUUCUUAUGUGUAAAGCUUUGCUUUUUUAUGUGUUUUUACUGAUUUGUUAAAAACAAUAAUAAAGAAAUAAAAAAAUAACUGUUAUGAGAAACGCUCUA